UGUACGACACCAAAGCUCGGAGCUUACUAAAAAAGCGAGGCAAAAAACAGAGAGGCGCAAACAAGGCACGCACGGGUGCAGCUGCAGCAGACCAAUCCGAUUGUUUUCCCUUUCCUCAAAGCUUCCCUCACAAGCUUUCUCUCUCAGAAAACGACUCGUCUUCUUCCCGACUCAGUCUCCUGCGCGCCUCGAAUCGGUCGCUUUCCUUGCAAUUUUCCACUCGCAAGGACCGAGUCAACUCCCUCCUCACUUCCACAGUCCUAUGUUUGUGUAUUUGAGUUGCAUGUGGUGGAUUUUCCAUGGAAACAGUGGUCGGUGUUGAGGGGAAUGAUGAAGGGAUGUAUGAGGAGAGUGGGGUUGAGAAAAGUAGCUCUUCGUUGUCUUCGCCAAAGCAGAUUGCCGAUCCUGUUGUAUACAAGCUUGUUCGGGUUGAAGGUAAUGGGAGAUUAGUGCCAGCAACAGAUGAUGAAGUAAUGGAAGUUGAGGAUUUUCUUGUUGACGAAACAGUUGAAUUACCUGUUGUUCCGGACGCUGGAAAUGUUAGGUGCAUUUCCAAUAACGAGUCUUCCUCUGGGAAACCUCAGAAAGAAAACUCAGAAGGUCUGUCACAUUCAGAGAACACAGAAGCUGAUGCAAAAUUAAAUGCACGGCUAGAGUACAUUGAGUUGUUGCAAAAGGUCAAACAGGAAGAGAGGCUCCACCUAGCAUGUGGAUCGCCUGAUCAUUCUUCUUCUUUUAUGAAUGUAGACAUCCAGUGUUCUGAUCAGCAUGAUAAAUUGCCUGCUAUUGAUGAGAAGCUGCAAUCUGAAAUUCAUUUGCAGGAUAUUGGUCCUCCAUUAUCACUGAGUCCAGAUGGAAGUCAUAUUAAUGAAUCUGGGAGAAUUGGGGAGUGCUCAAAACAACCGCCAGAUGGACCAAUAGAAAGUGGAUCAUCAGCUUGUGUCAUUUGCACUAGUUCAAAGCCUGAUGUAAAUACACUAAAGGGGGAGAUAUGCUUGGACAACCUAUCAAUUAGAGAACUUCAUGAAUUAUUUCGGGCAACUUUUGGGAGAGAAACUACUGUUAAGGACAAGUUAUGGCUUAAGAGGAGGAUUACAAUGGGAUUGACUAACUCUUGUGAUGUUUCAACCACAACUUUCACUAUCAUAGAUAACAAAUUGGUGAAGAAGGGUAAAGACGAUAGCAUUCAGAAUGCUGAUGGUAUGCUCACUGAGGGGUCUGAUGGUGAAGCGAAGAAUCAUGGGUAUGAAACUUCACCAACUAGCCACAGUAGCCAAAUGGAAAAUCAUCACACUGUUUCGGGCAAGAGAUUGGGAAACAGUAGUGUAGAACUUGAUUGUGGAAGUGAGGAUCUUCACACAGAUCAGAGAGCUGCCAAACGAGUUCGGAAGCCCACUAAGAGAUAUAUUGAAGAGCUUUCUGAAGUGGAAUCAAAAGAUUGUAGCCCAAAAGUGAUUAGUCCAGUUAAAAAUGCUGGACAAGGACAAACAUCUGUAAAAUCUUGUAGGCCUCUUGGAAAUGUCCCUUUAAAUGAGAAAGCUACUGUCAACAGGUUGGACCCUCUUGGAAAUGUGACAAAUGUCCCUUCAAAUGAGAGAACUUAUGUCACCAGGUUCGACUCUCUUGGUGGAUCUGGUGUUCAGGUUCCCUAUGUUUCUCGAGUUCGUAGAAGCCGUCCAAGGAAAAAUAUUAUGGCCCUUAUGAAGUUCGACAUGAGUGUAAUGGGUGCGACAGCUAAACUUGUAAAAGAGGCCUUUAGUGUGCGUAGUUCGCUACCAGAGAGUGAGCAUGCAGACAAAGUCUUGAAAACCAGAUCUGCUUCUGAACAGAUGAAAUCACAGUUUACUGCUGAACCAGAGAAAGACAAGCGUCGCUCAGUAAUGGGCACAAUUGAACCGGAUAAGAACAUGGGCAUGAAGCAGACAGAUUCAUCCGAGGACAAUUCAGAUGAUGGUUCAGCCCAGAUUCCCACAGCAAAAGGUGGAAUGAGAAGGAAGCACCAUCGAGCUUGGACUCUUGGUGAGGUUACACAAUUAGUAGAGGGUGUGUCUAAGUGUGGCACUGGGAGGUGGUCUGAGAUCAAAAGGCUUUCCUUUGCAUCGUAUUCAUAUCGCACUUCUGUUGAUCUCAAGGACAAGUGGAGAAACCUGCUGAAAGCUAGCUUUGCGCAAACGCCUCCUGAUGAAGGAAUAAACUCCCGGAAACAUGCUUCAGUUCCCAUCCCGGCAUCAAUUUUGUUGAAAGUAAGACAGCUUGCUGAGAUGCGCGCGCAGGUACCGCCAAAUCUAGGGCCGAGCAAGCCGGCCAGUGUUAGUCGAAGCUUGCAUCAAAUGAGAUCGGGCUUCUUGUAGCAUUGUAUACAAAGUAACAUUUAGUCGUGCGGAUCCAGAAAUAAGGAUACUGCUGGACUGUAACCGCUUUCAUAUGCUGACAUUCACUUGUUAACACAGCUUAUAUGCUGCAGAUGGAUUGCCGAGAUGUAGGCUUAAACAUGUUUAUGGCACAUUCUCUGACUGCUAACACAUUGUCUCGCUCAGUAAUUUGUUAUGAACGGUUUUAUGCCUGUUGUUAAACGUUA